UCUUCAGAGAAGGAAGUUCUGCUCAACAAGCUCCACUUCCAAUCUACUCACUUUUUGUCAGAAUAAACUGACAAAAAUGGUAAAGGCUCUCUUUCUGGUGGCAUCUCUGCUGGUUUUGGGAAAUGUUUACUUUAUUCAUGCCUCGUUUCCCCCCAGCCUCCUCGUAGAUAUGGCAAAAAUCGUCAUGGACAAUUACUGCUCACCAGAGAAGCUGGUGGGAAUGAAGGAGGCAAUUGACGCCGCCAGCAGCAACACAGAGAUUCUCAACAUCCCAGACGGUGAAUCAUUGGCUAAUGUCCUCAGUGCUGGAGUCCAGACCACAGUUAGUGACCCACGCGUGCUUGUCUCUUUUGAGCCAAACUAUGUUCAUGUGGUUCCACCGAAGAUGCCACCCUUGCCCCCUGAGCAGCUCAUUGCCGUUCUUCAGACUGCGAUCAAGCUCGACAUCCUAGAUGGCAACAUUGGCUACCUGAGGAUUGAUCACAUCCUUGGGGAGGAGAUUGCUGACAAGGUUGGCCCUUUGCUCCUAGACCUGGUCUGGAAUAAAAUCCUGCCAACCUCAGCUCUCAUCUUCGACUUGCGCUACACCAGCAGCGGUGACAUCUCAGGAAUUCCCUACAUUGUGUCUUACUUCACUGAAGCUGAGCCUCUGAUUCACAUUGACAGCGUGUAUGACCGUCCCUCAAACACCACCACUAAGCUAUUUUCUAUGCCUACACUGCUGGGGCACAGGUAUGGCACUACCAAACCCCUCAUUAUCCUUACCAGCAAAAACACUAAGGACAUUGCCGAGGAUGUUGCCUACUGCCUCCAGAACCUGAAGAGGGCGACCAUUGUGGGUGAGAAGACCUCCGGGGGCGCUGUGAAACUCGAUAAAAUCAAAGUGGGCGACACUGACUUCUACAUUACUGUGCCAACGGCAAAGUCCAUCAAUCCCAUCACUGGCUCCAGCUGGGAGGUUACAGGUGUGGCUCCUGAUGUGGAGGUCAACGCGGAGGACGCCCUCGCUACAGCCAUCAAGAUCGUCAACCUCCGUGUCCAAGUUCCAGCCAUCAUUGAGGGAUCAGCUAACCUGAUUGCUGACAACUAUGCCUUUGAAAAUAUCGGGGCUGAUGUUGCUGAAAAGUUGAAAGGGCUCCUGGCAAACGGCGAGUACAGCAUGGUUGUCUCCAAAGACGAUCUAGAGGCAAAGCUGUCCGCUGACCUGAAGACGCUAUCUGGGGACAAGAGUCUGAAGACAACCAAGAACACCCCAGCCCUGCCCCCCAUGAAUUAUUCUCCAGAGAUGUACAUUGAGCUGAUCAAAGUCUCCUUCCACACUGACAUAUUUGAGAACAACAUUGGCUACCUGCGUUUUGACAUGUUCGGAGACUUUGAAGAGGUCAAGCCCAUUGCUCAGAUUAUUAUUGAGCAUGUCUGGAACAAAGUUGUCAACACUGAUGCUAUGAUUAUUGACCUCAGGAACAACAUUGGUGGCCCAACAACAGCCAUCUCAGGCUUCUGCUCGUACUUCUUUGACGCAGAAAAGCAGAUUGUGCUGGAUAAGCUGUAUGACAGACCAUCCGGCACCACCACAGAGCUUCUGACCCUGCCUGAGCUCACUGGCAUAAGGUACGGCUCCAAGAAGAGCCUGAUCAUCCUGACCAGCGGAGUGACUGCAGGCGCAGCAGAGGAGUUUGUUUACAUCAUGAAGAAGCUCGGCCGCGCUAUGAUUGUCGGAGAAACCACCGCCGGGGCCUCCCACCCGCCCAAGACCUUCCAAGUUGAUGACACCGACAUCUUCCUCAGCAUCCCCACCGUCCACUCUGACAGUGCCGUAGGGCCAGCUUGGGAGAGAGUUGGCGUCACACCUCACAUUCCCGUCUCAGCUGACGCUGCCCUGGGGACCGCCAAGGGCAUCUUCAACAAGCACUUUGCAGGCCAGAAGUAAACCACGACUAGGACAAAGCCAGUGGGGUUUUAGUGGUCACUUUUGCUUUGGCAGCCAAAAGGAUUUCAAGAUUUAGAAUCUAGACUUGUUUAAGAAGUGAAGAAUGUAGAUUAAGUACAAAGUAACAAGUCUAAUCUCUCAUUCAUCAGCUCAAGUUGUUUAGCAAAUGUCCAACAGUAGGAUUUACUUCUAGUUUUUAUUUCUGUUGAAUGUUACACUGGCUGUUUUCAGAAUGAAUGGCUCUGAGAUGCCAGUAUACAUAAGUAUGUGUCAAAGAUCAGUUGUAACAUCAAAACAUUCAACUUUCAAACAUUUUAUUUUUCAGAGGUCACCUGCAAAAAAGAAGAAACUAAUUAAGUAAACACACGCAAAAUGCGUUCAGACUAAGUUUGCUAAUUGUCCAAAUUUGGAAUUGGGACCUCUGUGAAGUAAUCCACUUGUUGCUCUGGUCAGAAAACCAUCACUUGUCCUCCCUGUGUAUGGGGAAUACUGUAUGUCCAAUAUGUCAUGUGGGCCUUCUUGGGUCAAAUUAAUUUCACUGGUGAGACACAAUAAAAAGAUAACUGAAAUACAAAA